AUGAACUUCGAGGACGUUGAGGAGCGCGAUGGUGAGCGUCGUCUGUCGUGGAACGUAUGGCCGUCCUCGAGAAUAGAGGCCACGCGCACAGUUGUCCCCAUCUCCGCCCUCUACACUCCCCUCAAGCAACGAGACGACCUUCCCGAAAUCCUUUAUGAGCCUGUGACAUGCAAGCCUCCCUGUCGGGCCGUAUUGAAUCCUUACUGCCAAAUCGACAUCCGCCAGAAGCUUUGGAUAUGCCCGUUCUGCCUUCAGCGCAACGCCUUCCCACCUCAUUACAAGGAUAUCUCCAACACCAAUCUUCCGUCGGAGCUCCUCCCCAAGUUCACCACUAUCGAAUACACGCUGUCGCGCGGUGCGGCCGUCCCUCCCAUCUUCCUAUUAGUCGUCGACACUUGCCUGGAGGAAGAAGAUCUGAAGGCUCUCAGGGAUGCGCUGGUCGUCAGCUUGAGUCUCAUCCCCCGUAUGCGCUCGUGGACCCAAAUUCACGAGCUUGGCUACGCUGAGUGCAGCAAGUCUUAUCCGAUGCCCCCACAAUCGUUUGGCGCUGCCCGCUUCCUCAUGCCGGCCCAGCAGUGUGAAUUCCAACUCACCGGUAUCCUCGAGGCCCUCGCGCGGGACCCAUGGCCGGUUGCAAAUGACAAGCGCCCUCUGCGAUGCACGGGUGUUGCAGUUAGCGUGGCUGUUGGCCUCCUCGAGUCGACCUUCCCCAACACCGGUGCACACAUCAUGCUCUUCUCUGGAGGACCUGCCACUGAGGGUCCGGGUAUGGUUGUCAGCAACGAGCUUAAGGAGCCCAUCCGUUCACACCAUGAUAUCGACCGUGACAGCGCGAAGCAUUUCAAACGCGCGACGAAGUUCUAUGAAGGUCUCGCCAAGCGAGCCUCGAACAACGGCCAUGUGAUCGAUCUCUUCGCGGGAUGCUUGGAUCAAGUGGGCCUAUUGGAGAUGAAGUCCAUGCCUAACUCGACCAAUGGCGUGAUCGUGCUUUCCGAUUCCUUCGCGACUUCAAUCUUCAAGCAAAGCUUCCUCCGCAUGUUCAACAAGGACGGUUCUGGUUUCCUGGAGAUGGGCUUCAACGCGACCUUCGACGUUCAGACGACGAAGGAGCUCAAGGUGUCCGGGAUGAUCGGUCACGGCAUCUCCGCGGCGAAGAAGUCACCAUGCGUCGGCGAGACUGAGAUCGGUAUCGGCCAAACCUCUGCGUGGAAAGUCAACUCGAUCGCUCCCCGCACAGCCGCCGCGGUGUACUUCGAGGUUGUCACUCCUGCUGGACAGCCUUUGCAACCCGGCUCGCGUGGUCUCAUCCAAUUUGUCACGCACUACCAGCAUGCAAGCGGCAAAAACCGUCUACGCGUCACGACUAUCGCACGUAACUUCGCGGAGGCGGGUUCGCCCAGCAUCGCUACCUCAUUCGACCAGGAGGCCGCAGCAGUGCUCAUGGCGCGUAUCGCCGUGUUCAAGGCGGAGAUCGACGACUCGCCCGACGUGCUUCGGUGGUUGGACCGCAUGCUCAUCCGGUUAUGUCAGAAGUUCGCGGAUUACAGGAAGGAGGACCCAACUAGCUUCAGGCUAUCGGACAACUUCAGCAUCUACCCGCAGUUCAUGUUCCACCUUCGGAGAAGUCAGUUCCUGCAAGUGUUCAACAACAGUCCGGACGAGACCGCCUUCUAUCGGCACGUGCUCAACGAGGAGGAUGUGAACAACUCCCUCAUCAUGAUCCAGCCCACCCUCAUGUCCUACACCUUCGACGUCCCUCCACAACCAGUGCUGCUCGACAGCGUUUCCAUCAAGCCUGACGUUAUCCUCCUCCUCGACACCUUCUUCCACAUCCUUAUCUUCCACGGCGAGACGAUCGCACAGUGGCGCAAGGCCGGUUACCAGGAACAGGAGGGGUACGAGAACUUCAAGGAGCUGCUCGAGUCGCCCGUCGCGGACGCACAGGAUCUCCUCGCCGACCGCUUCCCGAUCCCGCGCUACAUCGUCUGCGACCAGGGCGGCAGUCAAGCCCGUUUCCUGCUUUCGAAGCUGAACCCGUCGACGACGCACAUGUCUGCGAGCAUGUACGGCUCGGCGGCGGGCGCCAGCGCUGGCCAGGCCAUCUUCACGGACGACGUCAGCUUGCAAGUCUUCAUGGAGCACCUCAAGCGUUUGGCUGUGGGCGCGCAGACGAAUUAA